CGGAAGUUAUGAAGUGUUUAUUUAUUAUGUUCAUAUUAUGUAUUUCCUCCUAUAUCACAGCCAUGUUGUAGUAGUGUUGAUUUUACUAAGUUUUCGUCAGUUUAUCGUUUACUGUAAAACCAAAGUUCACACAAGUAAAUGUGACAGACCUGAGUUUAGUUUUGUGUUGUGGUUUAAAAAGUUAAAAAGUCUUACAAUGAAAAGUGUAAAGUGCCAACGAUUCAGAUUCAGGCGUCAAGGCGUCCUCUCUCAGGGAUGGAUUCAGAAGACUCCCGUGAUGCAGGAGAUACUCAAUCUACAUCUAGCAGUAGUAGCUCAAGCUCGAGAAGCCGUAGGAGCUCAUCUUCAGAUAGUUCUAAGACAGCUGCUAAAUCACAACCUCAUUCCCCAUCAUACCAUCCACCUAAUGACCCACAAUCACCUUCACCUGAAAGACAUUCUCGGCCUAUCAAAAAGUCAUCCAAGAGACCACACACCCCUGAUAACUUGAGUGGUGCUCACUCUGAUAUUAACUCCCCUGAAAAUUCAAGGUCUGUCUCUCCAGCUCUAGGUCCGAAAUCUCCAGAGGCACCAAAAUCUCCAAGUGACAUAGGCUCAAAUAUUGAAUCUCCUGAGCAACCUGAACAGUAUUCUGCUGGACCUAAAUCACCACAAAGUCCCAACAGUUCCAUAAAAUCACCAGUAACAAGGUCACAACCAGUAUCACCUGAUUCAUCAUCACAAAUAGCAUCACCUACAUCACGAAAUCCUGAACCACGGUCCCGCUCAUCCUCCCCUUCACCAGAAAGAACUUCACCAAGAUCAUCACCAAGAAGAUCUCCAGUUACUAAAAAUGAAUGGGAUGGCAAGGAUAAAUGGCGGAGACAUACCAAAGCAGAACAGAAGAUGAUGUCAGAACCAAGAGAGAGAAGUCAGUCUGAAUCAAGUCAAUCAAGCAGAAGCUCAUCUUAUAACAAGAGAACCAGCACAAGAGAUCCAGCUACUGAAGAAAUAUCAGAUGGUGAAAUGGAAUCUGAUCAUGAAGAUCGUAAAUCAAGAAGCAGGUCAAUAGCAAGUGACAGACAAGAGGAAAAGGAGAAAAACUUAAGCCAUGAAGAUUUGUCAGAUGUGUCAGAUUUAGAUUCUGAAGGAGAUGAUAAGUCAGUGAAGACAAAGGCAGUGAAAAAGCAGGAAGUUGUGAAUGGUAUCAAAUCACAAGCAUCACCAAAAGCUGAAAAGGACAAAGUUGAACCACCAAAGAUGGAAAAAGUACCCCAAGAAAAAAAUAAUACAGAAGAUGGAGAGGAGCAAUUAGAUUUUGAAGCUGAAGAAGGUGAAUGUGUUGAACCGUCAAAGCCAAAAGAACAAUCAAACGGUGAUGUGAGCAAUGAAAAUGUUAUCAAAGAGGAAGUUAAGGCCGGCAAGAGAUCCCGCGGGUCCUCACUAGAAGAAGGCGAAGUUUCUGAUGAGGCCGAGAGACGUCCAGAGGAGAGUGAGCCUCGGCCAGUCUGCAGAUUCUUUGCCCGAGGUGCCUGUACCUGGGGCGUUAGUUGCAGGUUCCUCCAUCCCGGUGUGACCGACAAGGGUAACUACAGCAUGUUUGACGUGGUGCGCAGUGUGCCAGGUGGUUUUCCACCGACAGUUGCCCCACGGGACCAGCCUCCACCGGAGUCUGCUUGGGAGAGAGGACUUCGAACUGCUAAAGAGAUGUUGCGGAUAGCUAACAAACGGAAGGAGCAAGAUAUGGACUUCGAAGAAAAGAAGCUCCACUUAUCUGUGGGGGGCGUGGUCCACGACCCUGACGCGGAGCUGGCGUACGUGGCCGCCGCCGUGGGUGCUUCGCCCCCGCCGCCGCUGGACGCACCGCCCCCUGCCAGGGAAACAGAAGUCUAUAGUAGGACGACGUACGGCGCACCGUUUCGCGGCAGAGGGUUCCCGAGGGGUCCAGUAGACGACCGUGAGCGAUACUACGAGCGCGAGCGACCCUACGACCGAGAGCGGCCCUACGAAAGACCACCGUACUUUGAUGAGUACGGAGUGCCCCCUGAAGAAUUGGCACACCAUAAGCGACGCGUGCGGUCCUCCCGUGAAGUAAUAGUGCAGCGGGCCGAGGUUGAGAGUGGGCGUCGCGAGGGGCGGGAUGUGCGGGAAGUGCGGGAAGUGCGGGAGGGUCGCCGAGAGGGGCGGGAGGGACGCAGCGACGAGUGGGCGGACCCCUGGAUGAGGGCGGAACCCGCGGCAAGGAAGAAACGAAUGGCAUCCACCGAAGACUCGUAUUCGUCAUCCAGCUCUUCUAAUUCCAGUUCGCGUAGUUCGAGAACCCCAGGCACAAGACGCAAGAGAAGAGCCUCCUCGUCUUCGAGACAAAGGCUGUCACCGUCGGUGAUAGUGCGGGAGCGCCGGCUAGCCACGGCCCGCGCGACUGCUAUGAACCCGCCCGCGCCGCGGAGACGUGCUCCUUCGCCGGUAGCCGCACGCCAAAUGGCGGUCAACCCUCCCCCGCCCGCGUCGCACCGUCACAAGGAUGAUUUAGAUCUGUAUGGAAGAAGUAAAGCUAGAAGCAGAAAUAGAAAGAAGUAUUCGCGGUCGUCGUCUUCGGGCUCAGGAUCGUCAUCUUCGUCGAGCGAGUCGGAAAGCGAGUCCCGAUCUUCGUCCACGUCCGGCAGCUCGGGAACACGUCGAGCGAGACACGCUCGUCUGCUCAACGCUACAGCACGACCCAGAAUGAAUACAAAAUCAAACAUGGGCUUAGCAGCAGCUGUCACGCUAAGCGGCAAGAAGGAGGCAUCCAUCGAAAGAGAAACAAGUGGCAAGAAACGGUCUGCGACCUCACCCAUCGACAGCGGUGCGUCCAAGAAGUCCGUAUCGAGACGAGAGGAGCUAUUGAAGCAGUUAAAGGCUGUAGAGGACGCCAUAGCAAGAAAGCGAUCCAAAAUAUAAAAAAUUCAUUACGUAUAGUUAUAAGUGUAUAAGGUGAAUAUAUUGUAGUGAUACUCGCGAGAGAGAAUGUUUGUAAAUGAUAGUUAUCGCCAAUGAUGGCAGUUGUGAAGUGUGCGAGCGGCAUUACCGAUAAUUCGCGCUCGUUCGCACUAUCCCGAUGGGAGUUAUCGUCGAUUGUUUAAUUAAAUCUGAUUUUAGACUUAGAAAACAAUUGAAAUACCGCACCCGUGUGUACUUUAGUUCGUGACAAGAUAAUGCACCGUGUUACUGUCGAAAGUGUAAUCAAAGGUUUCUAUUCCGGUUGCAUAUUUGGCCGUCUUUUGGCGAAUUCUAAACAGUGCUUCACAUAAUAUUCAACAUUUCACAUUUACAGUAUGGAUAUUAUGUGAGAGCGUUUUUUUUUUAAUUUUUCUGACAUAAGCAAUAUACAUUGAACGGGUUCAAGUGUAUGUAAUUUUUUUUUGUGGAUAUCGAAGACAAAAUUUUGUUUAACUCUCAAUCAUUAUUUACACAUAGGUAAAUCUCGCUUUGUGGAAUAUGUAUUGAUUUAUCAUGUAAUGUGUUUCAUAUUCUUUUUAUAUUAGGUAGUUUCAGUUCAGUUUACCCCGGGUGAGGAAUCCCUUUGAGUAAUAUGUUCAAGAUUAAUAUUAUUUAUUAAAGUAACAGUAUAUGUUCAAUAUUAUGGAUGUUGUUUGCGUAUUUCCUUCCCCAGUACUGUAUGUAUGGGGUAGCGGGUCGAUAACCACAUAUUGACGAGUUCAAUAGGAUAUAAAACCCAUUUUUGAAAAUGGGUCUCAAGAUGGUAAAUCCAUGAAAACAUGUGAUAGGCCAUAAAAUGCAUUUAAAUUGUUGCGGGUAGUUGACGAAAACGCUAGACGCCGUGUUGAUAUAUAGCUUUGUCCACACUGUGCUUUUUAAUAUUAAACUUUCGUCUUCAUCUUUCGUUUGGCGCUUUCAAUAAUUGCAAACGAAAGCAAUGCCAAUAUAGUCAUUUAGUUACGUCGUAGUUUUUGUUCUUGGCACAGUAUUCCAUCCAACGCGAGUGAACGGGUAUUGCAGCGUGCGCUUCGGUUUCUAUCGUAAUCGCGCAUGCGUUACGGGCAUGCCUCACGUGCGAUUUCGACUGCGCUAUGACGCGAUCUCUUUAUGAACAAAAAAAAGGCACAGAGUGGACAUAGUUACAUUAGUAAUCGCAUCCAACAAAUACGAUUUGAUGCUUGCACCAGCCAUUGUUCCCUUUGCACAUAUUAGAAGGAAGGAGACUACCCGGCACAUGACACUGCCACAAGCAAUACCGUUUGAGCAUAAGCGAAGCAGAAGUGGAUCUGUUGUCGGAACUUUGUUAACAAUCAUGACGCUUCGAUAUAAAAACAGCGGCUUCUGUUUUGCUGAAAUUAAAAUUGAAAACUUUUAAAUCUAAUCUAUAUAAAUUACUUAUGUAUUUUUAUUUAUUUUUUGCUUAUCCUAUAUCCUAUUGUUGGUAGGUGAUAAACUACCACUAAUUGAACUGGUUGGUACAGUUGGUGGAGGUUGACUUGUAUUAAAUUUACUUUCGUGAAGGUAUAAAUGACUGACUGAACAAUUGAAGAUAUUGUCAUUUGGCAGUUUUCUUUGACAUUCUACGUUCAAUGACUUUGUAGUAAUUAAAAACUGAUUGUUUUCAAUGUUACACUUUACAAUAAUUGAUCUAAGAUAAUUUAUACGCCUAGAUGGACUGUGGCAGCUGUGGAAACGUCGAAAAAAUUGAGGUGGACAGUUAACCUCUAUUUUGAGUGAUGACUAAGUUAACAAACCUGGCCUGUUUUCAUCGGUUGUCUAGCAGCAAGAGACUAUCUAGACAUAUAAAUUAUCAAAGCAAUUUAAAUACUUAUUGUUUUCAAGUGAAAAUACUGAAAUGCAAAUUAAAUGUUAUUCAUUCGUUUGCUGUAUUGCACCCCUAUUUGAAAGAUUUCCAUUUAUUCUGAUUUACUUAGAAAUUAUAUUAAAAAAAUCAGCAUGUGAAACUUAUUUGUCAUAUAAAUCAGUAAAUAAAGUACCUAGAUACAAUGAAACUGAUUACUUUUUUGGUGUGUGAUAUUAUUAUUAUUCAGUGACCAAUGACAUCAAAACUAAUAAUUGCUUGUAGCAAAUACGAGAUAAUCUUGAAGUAUUGUAACAUACCGGUUGUAUGUAGUAUGCUAUUCCAUGUUUUUGCAACAAGGGUUUGAAAAUGUUUGGAUAAAUAAACGUAUUAGUUUUGUAAA